AUGAGUAAUACUGGAGUCGUUCUUGCCAAACCUACACCAACACAACCAACUCACACACCCGACGCUGCUCUAGCACAAUUAUAUCCCGGUGCUUACAGCCAUGAAGCGGUUUCUGUUAUCAUGAACAACAAAUCAAAUUUUUCGGAGUGGGCCCCAGAAGGAGGCUUCGGAGAGGAAGAGGAUCCACAGCUGCAUCAUCAUCCUCACCACCAUCUUCAGCAUCAUGAUUCUACGGAAUCGUACAACCUGGAUGCCGAUCCGCUAGACACAGAUGACAUGGAUGUUCCUUUGGAGUUUCAACAGCACCAUCACCAUCAUCAUCACCUUCAUAACGAGAAGCGUCCAGCUCAAGACGCCAAUGCGUUGGAUGAUUCGCCCAAUGCCAAACGUUUGCGAAUGGAAGAUAGCAUGCUCUUGCAUAUGGAUAAUAACAAUAACAUGGAUCAUAAUAGUAAUGGUGGACUAUUGCAGUUGCCCAUGCCAUCCAAUCCAGGGGCAGCUUCUGCUAAUACCAAAAAGGUCCAUAAUGACCAAUGGGACGCCAUGUUUGAACGACUAAAAGGUUACAAGCAGGCAUAUGGCAAUUGUCUGGUUCCCAAACGCUUUGCCGAUGAUCCCAAACUAGGAACUUGGGUGGAAACACAGAGAGUCCAAUACAAGAGACUCGUUCGCAGUCAAGAUGAAAGUGGCCGAUUGAUUGUCCUUCCAAACAAGCGUUUGACUUCCGAACGCUUGAACAAACUAGAAUCGGUAGGAUUCGCCUGGGUGGCCAAGUUUGUCAAAAAGUCGACUUCCUCCAAAAACAAGGAUGACGACUCGAAUAGCACUAAUAGUUCGGAACCCGUCAAUUUGCAACAACAGCGCAAACAGCAUUUGAAUGAAGUUCAAUGGGAAGAAAUGUACCAUCGCUUGGUGCAAUACAAACAGCAAUAUGGCGAUUGCCUCGUCCCUCGCAAGUUUGAAGGAGAUCCCAAACUUGCCACUUGGGUCGAGACCCAACGAGUCCUUUGGAACAAGGAAGCAAAGAGUGCUGUUGCUCCAGUAGAAGAGGAUGCCCAACUCAAGCGAUUGACACCCUCGCGCAAACAACGAUUGGAUGCCUUGGGAUUUGUUUGGUCCUUGAGGAACAAACGCAUUGAGGAUCAUUGGGAUGAAAUGUUUCGUCAAUUGUUGGACUACAAAAAGGUUCAUGGGGAUUGCCUGGUGCCUUCGCGAUUUGAAUCCAAUCUCAGGUUGGGAAAGUGGGUCGAGACACAACGAUACGAGUACUCCAAGAUGCAAAAGCAGAAGCAAAAUCAAAAUCCAAAUGCUUCUGUUGCCGCAGCACCCAAGCCAGCAGACCAAGAUGUCGAGUCGGUAUCGGACGAUUCCAAACCAAAGGUGGCCAAUCCUCGCUUGACCGAAGAUCGUCUCCGCCGACUCGAGUCGGUCGGUUUUGAGUGGAAGGUCAAGAACAAGAUGAAGCGAUAUUACGACAAACAAUGGGAUCAAAUGUUUCAACGUCUAUUGCAAUUCAAGGAAGCGAAUGGACACUGUCGUGUUCCCAAGCGCUAUCAAGCUGACACCAAGCUCGGUACUUGGGUCCACACGCAGCGAAUUCAAAAUCGCAAGCUACUUGCUGGCAAGAAUGGUCCUCCUAUCACCGAAGAAGAGGUUGCCAAACUCUUGGCGGGUCAAAGUUCAUCUUUGACGCCGGAGGAAAACGCUGCCCUCCGGUCCUGUGCCCAAGACAAAAUCAACUAUCGCCUCACGGAAGAUCGACGCAAGCGAUUGGAAGACAUGGGCUUUGUCUGGUCCGCACGAGAUGGUGAAAAGGGUGCCGAUAUCUCUAGAGGUGUCCGCAACACAUACGACGACCAAUGGGACAUUAUGUUUGAGAAGCUUCGUGAGUACAAGGACAAGACUGGCAACUGCUUGGUGCCAAAGCGCUACAAGGACAAUCCAAAGCUAGGCACUUGGGUCGAUACCCAACGUGUCCAAUAUAAAAAGCUUCAAAAGAUAUUGGCUUCCCAAACAACACAAAAUGGCAGCAUCGGCGGCAGCGAAGAUCGGGAAUCCCCGAUUCCGGCGGGAGAUGUGGGCAAGCCACUGGUAGGUCGUCUGACAAAUGACCGCAUUCGACGACUGGAGGAUUUGGGUUUUGUCUGGUCCUUGCGAGAUGACUGGCAAAAGCACUACGAAGAACUCAAAGAUUACAAAGCUCAACACGGCCAUUGUAACGUACCAGCCCGAUACGAGAAGAACCGACGUUUAGGAAUUUGGGUCAGCGCCCAGCGCCAACAAUAUAAGAUGGUGCGCCAGUUGCCCGAUGCCAACAAGGGCCGCCGGUCAACUUCGUUGACUCCAGAGAGAAUUGGACUGCUCAAUGAUUUGAGUUUUACCUGGACCAUUCGUUCUCGUGAUACCUUUGGCGAGUCUUGGAAUCAACGAUAUGAGGACCUCAAGGAAUUCAAACGAAUCCAUGGUCACUGCAAUGUUCCAUCCAAGUACGCGGAGAACCCAGAACUAGGGAUUUGGGUUGGCACCCAACGUACUCAAUAUCGCUUGUACAUGAAGGGUCGAGAAUCCGGCAAUCUCACCACGAGCAACAUGAACGAAGAUCGCAUGCGUGCACUCGAGUCCCUCGGUUUUUCAUGGGUCCAAAGACUCUCUCGUUCUGAUGAUGGGUCUCCGCUGGAUGAUGUCUUGCUAGCAGCAGCACAAGCAACGGAUUCUAUGGAUGCUUCGGCCGAAGGCAUGCUGGAUGUGGAUCAAAUGUCUGCCAUGCACCAAUUUCCUGUAGAAAAUGUGGAUCAAGUCAUGGGCGAGUAUGUGGAAGAAUUGUAA